GUGACGUAAGCAGCUAUAGCACUUCCUCGUUUGUUUUCUGAGUUGCACACCAGAAGCCAAACGCCCCUUCCUCAACAUGCAUUUGUCAAGGGUUGGAGUUUACAUGAAGAGGAGAAAGCGGGGCUGAUCUGAGGCUUCAACAGAAUCGUCUCCCUCCAUCUGGCCCUCGCUCUCUACGCCUCUUCAGACUGCUGCUCAUUUCCUCUCCUUUCUUCAGCAUGCUGUGCUGGGGGAACGCUAGGGAUGGGCAGCUGGGCAUCGGCGCGGAGAGGAACCCCGCAUUUGAGCCCAGGAGCUGCCAUGUGUUCAGCGGGCGGGGACUGAAGGAGGUCGUGUGCGGAGGGCAGCACACGCUGUUUCUGCUGCACGACGGCAGCGUUUACACGUGUGGCUCCAACAGUUGCGGACAGCUGGGCCACAACAGAGAUGGGACGUCCCCAGAGCUGGUUGGGGCUCUGGAUACCCAGAAGAUAACGAUGGUGUCGUGUGGCCGGGCGCAUUCGAUGGCCAUCAAUGAGCAGGGUCAGGUGUUUGCAUGGGGAGCCGGAGAAGGCGGACAGCUCGGCCUGGGGACAGUGGAGGCGGCCGUUCGAAUCCCGAGGUUGGUCAAAAGGCUUUGUGACCACAGCAUCUCCCAAGUGAUGUGUGGAAACCAGCACUGUAUCGCACUUUCUAGAGAUGGUCAGCUGUUCACUUGGGGUCAGAACACCAGCGGCCAGCUGGGUCUGGGUAAAGGAGAGCCAAGCAAACUGACGCCUCAUCCCCUAAAGUCCCUGGCAGGGAUUCCUCUGGCUCAGAUAACUGCUGGAGGAGACCACAGUUUUGCCCUCUCCCUGUCGGGAGCCGUCUUCGGAUGGGGCAAAAACAGGGCGGGGCAACUUGGACUGAAUGACAAACAAGAUCGAGCCGUCCCAUGUCACAUCAAGUUUCUGAGAUCACAAAAAGUUGUUUAUAUCAGCUGUGGAGAUGAGCACACCGCUGCCCUCACAAAGGACGGAGGCCUGUUUACGUUUGGCGACGGCUCAUGGGGUCAGCUGGGUCACGGCUCCACCAACAACGAGCUUCUACCGAGGCGGGUUCUGGAGCUGAUGGGCACUGAGGUUUCCCAGAUCGCCUGUGGCAGGCACCACACUCUGGCCUUAGUCCCGUCGUCCAGCAUGGUUUAUGCAUUCGGCUGCAACAGCCACGGCCAGCUGGGCACGGGAAUCCUGGGGGAUUCAAGAAGCCCGUUUCCCGUGAAGUCCAGCUUCCUGACUGGAAACCUGCAGAGAAGAGAUUCAAAGCAAUAUACAGUUGUAAAAAUCAUAUGUGGAGGAGACCACAGUUUCUUAUUGUACUCCAAUGAACAGAGUUCUGCUGCCACAGAGGACUUCAGAGUGGUUAAUGUCAGUAAAAGCCUCGCCCCGAUCAACUACGAACAGUUAAACUCAUGGAGAUUAAAAAUGAUGUACAGCACAGACUCUGCUGUUGCAAAUGACAUUGUGAUCCAGCUCUCCUCCACAGCCUGUUGGAACGCCAGCUUCCUGGACCAAAGUGAUGACACUCACUUCAAGACCAACCCAAAGAUCCCGGGUAUUGAUCUGAACUCGGUCAGAACGCUGUUUGAGGUUCUCAGCAAACCGGCCUUCUCUGGACUCCUGGAACAGGCCUCGAAGAGUUUUGAGAGCCUGCUGAUCCCCCAACUACCCCGCUCGCCACCGGAUGUUGAGGCCAUGAGGAUCUACCUCAUCUUGUCCGAGUACCCUGCCCUGCAGGACUCCAAGAACUACAUCCGUCUCACUAUUCCCCUGGCAAUGGCUAUUCUCCGGCUAGACGCCAACCCCAGCAAAGUAUUGGAUAACUGGUGGUGCUUUAUGGACGGCAGCUUCUUCACCAGAAUGGUCGACAUGUACAAACACAUCGUUGUGUUCAUGCUGACGGGCGGCAAGACGAUCCUGGUGCCCGUCUUCUACGAUAACUACUUCCUGGCCACGCUGCAGCUUCUGGAGAAACUCCACAAGGUAAACUUAAGGGCGAAUCACGUGGAGUACAGUCGCUUUUAUAUCCCAGACAUCAGCGGCCUGGUGGACAUCCAGGAGGACUACCUCAAAUGGUUUCUGACUAAAGCUGAGAUUAAAAUGGGCUCCUCCCCCUCACAGCAGAACGACUUUCCCUCAGUGAACCUCUGUGCCUUCCCGUUCAUCCUGAACGCCCAAGCCAAGACGACAAUGCUGCAAACAGAUGCUGAACUGCAAAUGCAGAUGGCCGUCAGCGGUGCAAAUCUGCACAACGUCUUCAUGCUGCUCACGCUGGAGCCCCACCUCGCUAGGAACCCAUAUCUGGUGCUGCAUGUGCGCAGGAACCAUUUAGUCAGUGACACGCUGCGGGAGCUCACCAUGUACUCUGAUGUGGAUCUCAAGAAGCCCCUCAAGGUGAUCUUUGAUGGCGAGGAAGCCGUAGACGCAGGCGGCGUAACUAAAGAGUUCUUCCUGCUGCUGCUAAAGGAGCUUCUAGAUCCUGUUUAUGGGAUGUUCACUCAUUAUAAAGACUCCAACCUGCUGUGGUUCUCUGACAAAUGUUUUGUGGAGCAGAACUGGUUUCAUCUGAUCGGGAUCGUCUGCGGUCUGGCCAUCUAUAACUCCACUGUGGUGGAUCUGCACUUUCCUCUGGCGCUCUACAAGAAGCUGCUGGACGUGUCGCCUUCACUGGACGAUUUCAAAGAGCUCUCGCCAACAGAAGCCAGGAGUCUUCAGCAACUUCUAGACUAUGAAGGAGGAGACGUAGAAGAGACGUUUGUUCUCAGCUUUGCUAUCACCAGGGAAAACUACGGGAUGACAGAAGUCAAGGAGCUGAUUCCUGGAGGAGAGAGCAUCGCUGUGGACAAAAACAACAGGAAGGAGUUUGUGGAGGCCUACCUGCGCUACGUGUUCUCCGACUCGGUGAGCGAACAGUACUCGGCCUUCUCCGCCGGCUUCCUGAAAGUGUGCGGAGGGGAGAUCCUGUCGCUGUUCCAGCCCUCUGAGCUGAUGGCCAUGGUGGUCGGGAACAACAAUUACAACUGGGAGGAGAUGGAAAAGAACGCCGUUUACAAAGGGGAGUAUACCGCCACUCACCCGACAGUCCGACUUUUCUGGGAGGUUUUCCACGAAUUCCCGCUGGAGAAGAAGAAGCAGUUCUUAUUGUUCCUGACGGGAAGCGACCGCAUCCCCAUCCACGGCAUGGAGAGCCUCCGCAUCGUCAUCCAGUCCACCACGGCGGAGGAACACUACCUGCCCGUGGCUCACACCUGCUACAACCUGCUGGACAUGCCGCGCUACCAGACCAAAGAGACGCUGCGCCGCCGCCUGACUCAGGCCGUGGAGCAGUACGAGGGCUUCAGCCUGGUCUGAGGCGCCGCCGCUCCUCCGGGGGCUGUCACGCACUUUAACGCGAGUAUCAGCAGGAGGAUGCUGGACGCACUCCAUGUUGAUUAAUAUCUUAAAUCUACAAAGGUCUAUCUGUAUAAAUGAUGUUUUUAUAUCGGUUUUACGGCUGGAAAAUGUUUGAAACUAUAAGGGUUUGAUCAGCCGACGUUGAUAUUUGGAAAUAAGUCAUUCAGAUAAAGAGAUUGCUUCCUGAAAUUUGCACACAAAAAAAAAAA